AUGUCUCUCUGUCAAAAUCGUCUCCAGGAGGAGAGGAAGCAGUGGCGUAAGGACCAUCCAUUUGGCUUUUAUGCGAAGCCUCAGAGGAAUGCCCAAGGAGUGCUUGACUUGAAGGUCUGGGAGUGCGGUAUUCCAGGAAAGGAGAAGACGAUCUGGGAAAACGGCCAGUUCAAGCUCGUCAUGACUUUCCCUGAUGAGUACCCCACGAAGCCGCCGAAGUGCAAGUUUGUCCCCCCACUAUUCCACCCCAAUGUCUAUCCUUCUGGGACCGUCUGUCUUUCAAUCUUGAACGAGGAGGAAGCAUGGAAGCCCGCCAUUACGAUUAAGCAAAUCCUCCUUGGUAUCCAGGAUCUGUUGAAUGACCCCAAUCCUGAGUCACCCGCUCAGGCUGAGGCCUACAACCUGUUUAAGAAGGACCGAGCCGAGUACGAGAGGCGCAUUAGACGCAUUGUGCGUGAGCAUCCGGCGCCUUAG